UGUGUGUGCAGCGCUGCGCUGCGGCUUCAGUUUAGCGGAUAAAGUUGAGACUUUUCUGUCUGUGCGUCUGUGACAUGAGAAGUGAGUGAGGCUCCACACGGAGAGAGACCUUCAGGACGACCACCAGCGUCACAGCAUCGGAGCGUCCUCAUUGGCUGAGAUCCAGCUGGAGGCGGAGUCAGAGUGACGGCUGUGUCGUGGCCAGGACUUCCUCUGAACGGGGGACAAGAUGCUGCUGACUUCCUGCUCCGCCCCCUGCAGUUACACCUGGCUCUGGUGCCUCCUGAUGAUGCUGACAGCUCCUCCAGCAGCUCUCGGGGGUGACCACACAGAACCGUGCGCUGGGCGGGACUGCUCCACCUGCCAGUGUUUUCCAGCCAAAGGAGCAAGGGGUGCUCCAGGUGGUCUGGGGCAGCAGGGCCAUCAGGGGCCCCCAGGAUUCCCAGGUCCUCAGGGGCCUCCAGGAGAAAAGGGCCAAAGAGGAGAUGAGGGGCCAACAGGAGCUGCAGGACUGAAAGGAGACCUGGGCAGUGUCGGUGUUCUUGGUUUUCCGGGUUUAGAGGGAGUCCCGGGACACCCGGGCCCUGCUGGAGGUCCAGGUUUUCCAGGUCUGGACGGAUGUAAUGGGACCAGAGGGCAGAGAGGAGAUCCUGGACUUCCCGGAGAACAAGGACGUGAUGGAGAACUGGGUUUUCCAGGACUGAAAGGAUUUCCAGGAGAUCCAGCAGUGUACUUCAUUCAGUACCCUGGAGUACCUGGAGAUGUGGGGCCCCCUGGUCUUCCUGGACUGCAGGGUGAGCAGGGUCUCCCUGGUUCAGUAGGAGGUGUGGGUUCAGACGGACUGGAUGGGACCAACGGUCUCCCUGGUCUUCCUGGUUCCAGGGGUCCACCUGGAGAAAAAGGUCGAUCUCUCCCUGGACAGAAAGGAGACGAGGGGGAUCAGGGCCUCCAGGGGCCCCCGGGGCCGUUUGAGUACGUCGACCCUCCAGAGGACCUGUACAUCAAAGGAGAAAAGGGCCAUCGAGGGAUUAAAGGAGUCUGUGGAGCUGAGGGACUGCUUGGCAUGGACUCUCUCCCAGGAAUCAAAGGAGAGAAAGGGGUUCCUGGGUUCCCUGGGCCCAGAGGAUUUUCUGGCAUCCCCGGUCUGCUCGGAGAGAAAGGAUUCAAGGGGAUUCAAGGAAGUCCAGGUCUCCCAGGUCUGAUUGGACGAGAAGGUCCUAAGGGCAUGAUGGGAGAUCCAGGUCCUAAAGGCCUCCCUCAGGAGGUAGAUGUUACACACACAGGUGAUGUUGGAGGCACCGGGCCCCAGGGACUGAGCGGCCCUGAAGGAGACAUGGGGCUGAUGGGAAUGCAUGGUCCCCCUGGAGCCCCUGGCCUCUCCAUACCUGGUCCAGCAGGUAUUGUAGGUCAGAGUGGAGUUCCAGGAUCCAAAGGGGAGAGAGGAGAUCCAGGUCAGGUCUAUAAAGAUGGACCCACACCUGGAGAACCUGGAAAACCAGGACAUCCCGGACUUAGAGGAUUGAAAGGAGAACCAGGAAGUCCAGGUCGUUACUGUCUUCCCGGGGCCCCAGGAGAAUCAGGAGACUUGGGUCAACAGGGACUCACAGGGGAUCAGGGAUUCCCAGGGUUUAAAGGCUCUAAUGGUGCCUGCAAUUGUGGCCCUCCUUUCAUACUAAGGGGCCCCCCCGGCCCUGUGGGUGACUCGGGAAAUCAGGGGUUUCCAGGAGUCCCAGGGGCCCCAGGGCAGAGAGGAGAGAAAGGUUUACCUGGAGAUACUGGAGAUACUGGAGAACAGGGUCUGGGUGGAUUUCCAGGCGUCAAAGGGUUAAAGGGUCAGAAGGGAGAUUUCAUUGUGGUGGAUAGAUUAGGUGAGAAAGGAAACAUUGGCCAGUACGGCCCCCCAGGCAGACAAGGAUUCUCUGGGAGAAGAGGACGUGAUGGACUCUCUGGCACCCCUGGUAACCCUGGUCCCCAGGGUGACAGUUUUACCAGCUCUCCUGGAGACAGAGGCUUCCCAGGGUUUUUAGGGCCAAAGGGAUCAUCAGGACCUCAAGGCUCUCCAGGAGCAGAUGUAGGUGGAGCAAUAGGAAAGCGUGGGCCCCCUGGGGAGCCGGGAGCUCCAGGAUUCCUGGGUCCCCCAGGGCCAAAAGGGACUACUGGUGACACUCUGCCCUGUGUACCCAGAAACCCCGGCCCCCCGGGGGAGAAGGGAGACACUGGGAACGCAGGUUACACAGGACUCCCAGGUCCUUCAGGUUUUCGUGGCAUCACUGGACCUGAUGGAAUUAAAGGAGACAAAGGACAGUCUGGACUUCCUGGACUACCUGGACGACAAGGACCUCCAGGACUUGUUGGAGAUACUGGAGAAGAAGGAUCUGAAGGCUUCAGUUACGGAGGAGAUCCAGGCUCUCCAGGGAUUCCAGGCUAUCCUGGGCUCAGGGGCCCAGCAGGAGACUCUGAUGUCGGACCCUCAGGACCCAUUGGCUUCCCAGGACCACUGGGCUCUCAGGGACCUAAAGGAGUUCCUGGUCCCCCCGGCAUAGAUGGACUACAAGGAGUCCAGGGUCUGGCCGGGGGCCCUGGAGCAAAGGGCCAGAGAGGGCAGGAUGGAGCCCCAGGUAUCACUGGUCCCCCAGGUCCUUCACCUGGCCUUUGUGACAUAGGAAAACCCGGUUCCAAGGGCCCCUUUGGCCCUCAGGGACCCAUUGGACCCCCAGGUUUUCAGGGAGAGAAAGGUGAGACUGGGGAGGUGGGUCCUCCAGGCUUUGGCCUUCAAGGCCCUUUAGGGAAACCAGGUUCUCCAGGUGUCCCAGGAUACCCGGGGCCCCAGGGCCCCUCUGGCCCCAUUGGAGACUCUGGACUGCCAGGACCCGACGGUCAGAAAGGUCUGUUGGGACCCCAAGGCACGUAUGGAGCGCAAGGGGCUUCAGGACAGACUGGGGCCACUGGAGCUCCAGGAUGGACAGGAGAGAGAGGGUUCAAUGGACGAGAUGGAGUUCAAGGAUGUGAAGGGCCAAAAGGAGAGAAGGGAUGUAAAGGGCCCCCAGGGCCUCCAGGAGAUACCAUGUGUGUCCCAAUCAAAGGAGAGACAGGAAAACCAGGACCUUCCGGAAUCAAAGGUUUCCCUGGACCACGAGGAAGUAAAGGUGUGCGAGGCGUUACUGGUAAGCCAGGGUGUCCAGGCAGCAAUGGCCCCCCAGGUAUUGUUGGACGCCCAGGACUGCCAGGUUCCUGCGGUAUGUCAGGAUCCCCUGGACCACCUGGACGUCAAGGACCUCCAGGACUCAUUGGCUUCCCUGGACCAACUGGAGAUCAGGGUGACCCAGGAUGUCCAGGGAAAUCUGGAGAGCCUGGUCACCAAGGAUGUACGGGACAGAAAGGUGAUAAAGGAGACUCUGUUGGUUCUCCUGGCCUACCUGGAAACAGGGGGCCUCCUGGAGACUUUGGCCCCACAGGACCUCCUGGACCUCGAGGAGAUCCCGGAAGACCUGGUUUCCUCGGGCCUCCGGGACAGAAAGGAUGCAAAGGAGAUCCAGGCCACCAUGGAGACCCAGGUUCACCAGGUGUGACCGGUCCUUCAGGUCCCGGAGGUCGUCCAGGUUGUCCAGGUCUUCCUGGUAAAGCAGGUGCUGAUGGUCCUCCAGGAGCGCAGGGCUGCCCGGGACUCCAAGGUCCUCCUGGACCACUGGGACUUCAUGGACUGGAUGGACUGAAAGGAGUGAAAGGGGACAUGGGGACCAGAGGUCUGGGUGUGCAGGGUCCUCCGGGUCUCCAAGGUCUUCCAGGGGAUAAGGGUCCUCCAGGUCCUUCAGGUCCCUCUGGUCCAUCCCAGCCUGGACAACCAGGACCCAACGGCCCCCCAGGACCCAAAGGACCUCCAGGUAGUUUUGGACCUCCAGGUAAACGUGGACCCAACUGUCAAAAUCCAGUCUCAGGCCCAGGUGGAGAUCCUGGUUGUUCUGGACCAGAUGGAGAGCCAGGUUGUGUUGGGGACAUGGGGGAUCCAGGUCCUAACCCUCCAGUACUUGGGGAUGAAGGGGACAAUGGGGACUCAGGAUGCCGGGGUCAAAUUGGCUCAAAGGGAUCUCUGGGACCCAAAGGACUGCCAGGCAACCCUGGAGACUGUGGAGUGAAAGGUAUGAAGGGGUCACAAGGUCUGAUGGGACUACCUGGUAAUCAGGGCCCUAGAGGUUGUACUGGUCAGAGAGGGCCUCCAGGACCAAAAGGACUUGAUGGACCAGUGGGUCCAAAGGGAGAAAGAGGCGGAGUCUCCCCGUGCCCUACUUACCCUCCCCCACAGCCUGGUCCCCCGGGCCCCCCUGGCCCCCCUGGUAGACUUGGAGAGGCUGGCCUCCAGGGAGAAAAUGGCCUGAAGGGAUUCAAAGGUAUGAGGGGGAAUCCUGGAUCUGAGGGACCAAUAGGCUUUGUGGGGCCCCCAGGUCGAGACGGAAACCAAGGAGAGCCAGGCCUGCAGGGGGAGCAAGGAGUAGAUGGAGCCAAAGGUGAUGCUGGUCCAGUCGGUGACCGCGGUUCUCCUGGAAUAUCCAAAAACUUGAACUCGGGCUUCCUGUUGGUUAGGCACAGCCAAUCAAAGAACAUUCCCACCUGUCCAUUAAACAUGAGGCCCCUGUGGAACGGAUACAGUCUGCUCUACUUGGAGGGCCAGGAGAAGGCUCACACUCAGGACCUUGGUCAAGCGGGGUCGUGUAUGCGAGUCUUUUCCACCAUGCCAUUCUCCUCCUGUAACAUGGGAGCCUGCUCUUACGCCAGUCGUAAUGAUAAAUCCUAUUGGUUGUCGACAACGGCAGCCGUACCCAGCAUACCUGUGGGCGGACCCUCCAUUGAAGAUCACAUCAGCCGCUGUGUAGUGUGUGAAGCCCCCUCCGCACCUGUCGCACUGCACAGCCAGACCGCCGACCAGCCAGACUGCCCCCCCAAGUGGACGAGCUUGUGGACCGGAUACUCCUUCCUCAUGCAUACAGGUGCCGGUGAUGAGGGCGGCGGCCAGUCUCUGACAUCAUCAGGUAGCUGUCUGACAGACUUCAGGGCCCAGCCCUUCGUGGAGUGUCAGGGGCCUCGUGGAACCUGCCACUACUUUGCCAACAUCUACAGCUUCUGGUUAACCAGAGUGGACACGAGCACCUCCACUUCCAACAAGCCCUCCACCACGCUGACCGAGGCCUGGCAGCAGAGGGGGAACAUCGGGAGGUGCAACGUCUGCAUGAGGAAGUGAGUAGGGGGAACAUCACCUCCUCCCGCAGGAGGGAGUGAGGAGAUGCUUCACCACCUCCUCCUGCAGGAGGGAGGAGCUCCUCUUCCACCGAGGGGACACACAAGACAAGACUCGUUUAUUUGUCUCUGUGAGGAGAGACUGUCAUGUUAAAGAUAACGCUGCCAAUCAAUCAAUCAGUCAAUUAAUCAGUCAAUCAAUCAAUCCUGUUAAGAUCAACAGGAGUGAGUCAGAGCAGUACAAAUGAUCAAACUGAUUAACAUCUUGUUACCAAACGUCAUGGAUGUUUGAACUGAGGUUGUGUGAUGUCACUGUUUCAUUUUAGUUUGCAUGAUGUUUGAUCUCAAAGACUCAUUAAUAAAUAGGUCAUCUGAUCAAAACCAGGACUUUGAUCUUAACAGUUUUUCUAGGUUUCCUCUAGACAAAACCAUUUUCUUGGAAUAAACAGAGGUCCUAAUCCAUUUCAACACAUAGAACCAGGUACUGGGAGAUCUUCAGUAUAACAUACCUGUAUCUCCCACAAGCGGGUUGAAAAUCCAGCAGUAGGACAACUGACCUGACAACAUGAUCAGACAGUUUAUUUUACCUGCUUGUGUCCAGCUAAGAAUGAACUUGUUAAUAUUUUUGUCUGGUGAAGUCUAUGUGCUGGUUUCCUCAGUGUUGUCUUUUACCACUAGGAGGCGCUAAAGUCAGAAAUAUUUCAAUCUUACACAAGUAAAAACAGUGAGUUGUUUGUCAAUAUUUGUGGUUGAACCAGUCAAAGGAAACCUUAUGAUGGAUAAUCAAUAAUUAUAAAUAACCUUUGUGCCAACCUGUUCAAUGCACACAUGCUGUUUUCUGCAUAAAAUGUUAUUAUUUAUUUAUAAUUUUGUCCAAACGUAAAAGUUGAAAAGUUCUUUUGGCCCCGUCCUGUUUAUAACUUCAGCUACAUGUGAGGUCAGAGAGAGUUUGAGACCUUCAGCCAACAGCAGCACAGAACCAGCACUCACAUAAUAAACUUAUAACAAUAAUAAACUUUAUUUAUACGGCACUUUUCUCGACAAUGUACUUUACAAAGUGAAAUCUCUCAUCUCAGUAGUAACUCAUUAAUAACUUUGACUCGUAUCGUUCAACCCCAGUUUGAACCCUGACGUGAUGUUGUGAUGAAUUUAACAGAAUAAUUUUUCAUUUGUUCCAAGUCAUAUUUAUUACUGUCACUGUUGUCAGGUGAAAACCUUGUAUCACAAAAAUAUCGUUGCUCUGGAAACCAGACUGGUUUUACAUACUUAAGUGCAUUUUAAAACCUGGUAGAUCAUGUCGUCAUUGGCUUAUUGACAAGUUACAAGGUUUUCACAUUGCAAAGUCACAUCCUGUGAUGUCACAUCCAGUGACAGCUGAUUGGUUGUUGCGUUGGAGUGACGUUCUCUCGUCAUCAGAGGAACACCUGAGUGAAAUUUAUCCCCGCCUCCAGACCCGCCCACAGCCCAACCAGAAGUGCAGUGAAAAUGCAUUCUGAUUGGCAAGCUGAGAGGCAGCGACUUUGUGUGAUUGGUCAGUCAGUAUUUUGUGAAUAAGUAGGGACAGACUCGUGUGAGAAGCUGUGAAUAUAUUUGACCUUAAACCUUGAAAUGUGUUUUUGUUCCAGUUUUCUUCAGAUCAGACGUUCGAGCUCCUCCCUCAGCUUCUUUUACAUGUUUCAGUUUCAGUGUAAAAACCAAGAAAUGUCUGCAGUUUAACACAGAAAUGAUUGGACUCAAGGCUCAUUUAACUCUAAACAAACGAGUAGUGACAAUCUGAACAAGAUGAGCUGCAGCACUGAACCAGAACCAGAACCAGGACAGGUUCAGAACCAGAAGCGGAUGAGAGCUGAGUUUUUAUCUUCCACAUUCAUCCUGUAAAGUCUUUUUCGUUCUUUACUUUGUUGAUUUGAAUAUUUCUUUGUGUUAUAAAGUUCACUUGAAUAUUUGUCUGAUAGUUUCAUAUAAAAACAUGACAUAACAAUAAAAAAAUGAACUUAUGAAAACAUAUUUAAAAACUUCACUUUAAGUGACUUCCUGCUUUCAGUUCAGCUUCUAUAUCUGAUCCUGUUUCAGUUUCUGGUCCUAGUCCUGGUCUGGUCCUAGUCCUGGUUCUGUUACUGUAUUAUCUCUCUGUGAUUUGUAAAUAUGUUUGAACUCAACCGUUUUAUAUUUUUACUGUAAAUGUCAUCAGAGUAUUUAUUUAGCCUGAAAUUAAUGUUGGUGCUAUUUGAUGUUUCAUUUGUUCGUUUUUAUUUUAUUUUGGAAAAUGAUGACGCAGUGAAGCCCCGCCCCUCUCCAUCCUCCGCCAAAAUAAAAUGACAAACAUGAACAUGUGUUAACAAUGGCAGACUGAUUUAUCAGGAUGAAAAUUUAAUGUAAAAAAACAAUCAGGAAAAAAAGUAUUGUGUCAUUAACAGUGACAUCAUAGACAAUUUCUUUCAUCAAACUUUAUUAAAACACAAUGCUUGUUUUUGGUGAUAAAGAUUUAAGAUAGGAGAGGUCUGUGUUUAUAUUAAAGACCAAACACUGGUUUUGGUUUGUUAAAGUGUAGAAAUCCUUGUCAAUCUGAGACUCUAACAGAGAAUACCAGGUACAGAAAAUCAAGUGGGUGGGACUUCUAUAUUACCUGAGGAGGGGGAGGUAUCACUGUGUCUUCAUUCUGUUUUUAUUGUAUUUAAAUCUGUCGGUGAUAUUUUAAUCUCUGUAGGAGGAAACUUCCCACUAACACUUGUGAAACAUUUUACUCUGUGGAUGGACGACUUCAAUAAAUUGCAUCAAACUUU